AUGGCGCGACUGAUCGACUACUUCUUCCUCGACCAAAUCUCAGUCAGGCGGGAGGCCAGCGCCCAAGAUGAGAUAGGCCCGGAUUAUGAGAAGAACUUGCCUCUUUUUGUGUGCACGCUAUCAUUCCCAACGAUGCCGACUUUCCUUCAUAUCUUCGAGCCCCGGUACCGACUUAUGAUUCGGCGGGUUCUUGCAAAUGGAAAUGGAAAGUUCGGCAUGGUCAUGUACAACCGGCAAGGCCGGGUCCUUCCCGGCCAACUGGAUGAUGUGCCGUUCGUGCAAUAUGGAACGCUCUUGAUGAUCGAGCGAUACGAGCUUCUUCCAGAUGGCCGCAGUCUUGUGGUGGCUACAGGCGUGUCGCGGUUCAAGAUCGUCGACUCGGGGAUGCUGGAUGGCUAUUAUGUUGCCAAGACAGAGCGCGUAGAUGAUAUCGCACUCGCUGAGGAGGAGCGGCUUGAGUCAAUAGAGACGUCAAGAGACACUAUAAAUCCUCUGCCAGAGGGAAAUGAAUCCGAUCUCCCGUUGGACUCAAUGUCAACUCAACAAUUGCUCCUUUCGGCGAGAGAGUUCAUCAGCAAUCAGCGAAGAUCUGGGGCACCUUGGCUGCAUCCACGCGUCAUGCUAGCAUACGGGCCUGUCCCCACAGAUGCAGCCCGCUUUCCAUGGUGGUUUGCAAGCAUUUUGCCCAUCUCCGAAGAAGAGAAAUAUCCCAUACUCGCCGCUACAAGUGUUCGAGAAAGACUGAAAAUUUCGGCAAAAUGGGCGAGACGGCUUGAGGCCCGAGACUGGUAG